CUCUGCGCGGCUUCACCCAUCCCUUCAGUGCCCUUCUCUUCAUCGCCAUGUCCAACCUGGCACCCACUGCUGCGAGGCAGGCCCUCCGAAUAUGUUCCCGUCGCUGUCCUUCGAGUACCACUCCACGCUUCUCGUCCCUUCUCGCCCCUUCCCUCGCACAUGGCGGGCGCCGAAACUAUGUCUCAGAGACGAAGCCCUCGAGUGCGAUCGUCAGCGUUGAGACUGCCAUCAAAGCCGAUCAAAAGGCGUUUCUGAACGAGACAGGCAAGACCCCGCAGGACGAGAAGAUGCCCACGACCACCAUGAGCGCCAACGCUAUGGUGAGUCCUACUGCUGGUAUUCUCAAACAGGCGACCAUUAUGGAUGAGGGCUCGCGGCCAAUCUACCUGGAUAUGCAGGCCACGACUCCAAUGGACCCGAGGGUGCUAGAUGCCAUGCUCCCCUUCAUGACUGGCCUCUACGGCAACCCCCACUCCCGGACCCACGCAUACGGCUGGGAGACGGAAAAGGCUGUGGAGCAGGCUCGAGCACACCUCGCUGACCUCGUCGGCGCUGAUCCUAAAGAAAUCAUCUUCACGAGCGGCGCCACCGAAAGCAACAAUAUGAGCAUCAAGGGCGUGGCCCGGUUCUUCAAGCGCUCAGGCAAGAAGAACCACAUUAUCACAUGCCAGACAGAACACAAGUGUGUUCUCGAUAGCUGCCGACAUCUGCAAGAUGAAGGCUUCCACAUCACUUACCUGCCAGUCCAGCACAAUGGGCUCAUCGAUAUGGCUCAGCUUGAAGCAGCUAUACGGCCCGAGACAGCCUUGGUCAGCGUAAUGACCGUAAACAAUGAGAUCGGAGUUGUGCAGCCUGUAGAAGAGAUUGGAAAGCUUUGUCGGUCGAAGAAGGUUUUCUUCCACACUGAUGCCGCACAGGCCGUGGGCAAGAUCCCUAUCGACGUUAAUAAGAUGAACAUUGACCUUAUGUCCAUUUCUGGGCACAAGAUAUACGGACCUAAAGGGGUCGGAGCAUGCUACGUUCGUCGAAGACCCCGCGUGAGACUCGACCCAAUCAUUAGUGGUGGUGGCCAAGAGCGUGGAUUGAGGAGUGGUACUUUGGCACCCCCACUUGCUAUUGGAAUCGGCGAAGCCGCGAGGAUUUGUAAGGAAGAAAUGGCGUACGAUUCCAAGCGCAUUACGACCCUAUCGAACCGCCUUCUUGAGGGUCUUUUAGCACUAGAGCAAACCUCUCUAAACGGUGACCGAGAGCGCCAUUAUCCGGGUUGUGUGAAUGUCUCGUUUGCUUAUGUCGAAGGAGAGUCUCUACUCAUGGCUCUGAAAGACAUCGCUCUGUCUUCCGGCAGUGCCUGCACAUCGGCGUCCUUGGAACCGAGCUACGUUCUAAGAGCGCUGGGAAGCAGUGAUGAGAGUGCACACAGUAGCAUCCGAUUUGGUAUCGGUCGAUUCACGACCGAAGCCGAGAUCGAUUACGUUCUCAAGGCAGUGAAAGAACGCGUUAGUUUCUUGCGAGAGCUUAGUCCGCUGUGGGAGCUGGUACAGGAAGGUAUCGAUUUAAACACUAUUGAGUGGAGUCAGCACUAAGCGUAAGAGUAUACCCGGAAGGAACUUGUACAAUAUGAUUAUGAACUGGGAUCCACCAUUGGGAUAUCUACGCUCGCUGAGGCGUUUAUGACGACAUGGCCACCAUUCGCUGUACUAUAGCAACAUUUCUCAACGGGUGGAGUUAAGGAGCACGUAUAGAUUUAGUAUGAUCAAGCCGACUCUCCGGUGAUGCCCAGAGCCGAGCCUGAAGUUG